AUGAAUGAUCGACUCGGUCUUCCCCAGAUCGAAGCUCUCGGGGAUACAUUAUCCGCUGACACCGAGCAGCAGCGUCGAUUGGCGGUACGUGGUGCAAGCGAUGCUUUGCUGAAUCGCUACGAGCUCUGGAGGCAGCAGCUACUGUAUGCGAGGGGUUGCGCUUUUGGGGCGCCUAAUGCUGGGAAAAGUUCUCUUCUUAAUCGCAUUGUUGGGAAGGAAGCGGCUAUUGUGAGUACUGAGGAGGGCACGACGAGGGAUAUUGUUGAUGUUGGGAUUGAUUUGGGCGGAUGGUACUGUAAGCUUGGUGAUAUGGCUGGAAUCCGUGCGGAAGCUGGGACAAAGUCUGGGUCGAUCGUGGGGGCUGUUGAGAAGGAGGGCAUUCGGAGGGCGAGAGCGAGAGCUUUGGAGUCGGAUGUCGUCGUUGUGGUUCUCUCAUUAGAAGAGACGACACAGGGUGUUCGGCUUUUCGUGGAACCCGAGGUUCUAGAUGCGGUCAACGACUGUGUUAAGGCAGACAAAUGUCUGGUGAUUGCUAUCAACAAGUGCGACAAGCUCUCCUCCGAGAAACACGAACUUCCGGCUCUCACUCAUUCUAUCCGCGACGUCUUCCCUGCUGUUCCAACAGAACGAAUCUUCGCCAUCUCCUGCGAUGAAGCGGAACGCGGACCGUUGUCCUCUGAGACUGACCCAGGCCAUUUUACAAGCAUUCCUACGCGGGCUCAUCUCAACAUUCGAAGCGAGAGCGAGAGCAAGUUCGCCUCCAUUGACGGUGAGAUCGAUAUCGUCACGGCCGCUGAGCACCUGCGCUUUGCAGCAGAUAUGCUAGCCAAAAUUACUGGCAAGGGCGAGAGUGGAGAUGUCGAAGAUGUGUUGGGUGUUGUCUUUGAGAAGUAA